UGUCUGAGCGGAGCAGCGGUCGCGCGCAGCGGAGCAGAAAGCGGUGCAGCGGCUCCAGCUCGGUCCUCUCCGCGGCUCUCCGUGCCUUCGGCUCCGGGUCGGAUGGAUCUGUAACCCGCUGAGAGAUCAACUCCUCCGCUCUGCGCUUCUUCACAUGCGCGGGCUCUUCUCGCCUUUCAGCGGAUUAGAGUUGGUUUUUGCUGGAUUUUAUUCCCCGCCAGAAGCAGCAGGAUGAAGUACAAAAACCUGAUGGCCAAGGCGUUGUACGACAACGUUCCAGAGUCUCCCGAGGAGCUGGCGUUCCGGAAGGGGGACAUCCUAACCGUCAUCGAGCAGAACACCGGCGGCCUGGAGGGCUGGUGGCUGUGCUCCCUGCGCGGCUGUCAGGGCAUCGCUCCCGGGAACCGCCUGAAGCUGCUGAUCGGACCCAUGUUCGAGGCCCAGUCGUCGGGCGCCGCCGCCCAGGCUCCUGCUCCGAGCCUCCAGCAGCAGGGCCUCUACCAGGUCCCACCGAGGAGCACGCUCAGCGCUGAGAGCGCACCCAGCAAGGUGGUGGUCCCGACCAGAGCGGGACAGUCCUACGCCUUCGGCCCCGGACAGCACAACCAGCAGGACCUGUACGACGUGCCGCCCAGCAGGUCUCAGGGGACGUACGACGUUCCGCCAGGUCACAUGUUCCUGAGUCAGCCGGGCGGAGCCAGGAACCAGGGAGUCUACGACGUUCCCCCGUCUCAAGUGGAGCCCAGAACACAAGGCGUUUACGACGUGCCCCCGUCCUCGCAGGGGAUCUACGCGGUGCCCAGCUGCAGGACCAACGCAGCCCUCCAGGAGGGGAACUACGACUUCCCACAGCCCCUCAAACACAAACAGGAAGGGAUCUAUGACGUCCCGCCCCCUUCCCUCACCAAGCCCACCCCCAACCAUCAGUCUCCUUACGAUUUCCCCCCCAGCCUCGGGCCUGCCGCCCUCCGCCAAAACCCGAACCCCGACCGGAGCGAAGGCAUUUACGAUGUUCCUCCGACGGCUCUCCUUUCGGUUCUGGACCCCCAGCAGGACGUUUACGACUUCCCCCGGGGCGUGCCGGCCCCCCAGCUCAAAAACUCUGCCACUGACGGAAGCAAGGGAAUCUACGACGUUCCAGUCCAGGAAGCUCGCGCGGUAGCGGACGUGACAGACAACGUGAACCGCCUGUCCUUUUCCAGCACCGGCAGCACGCGCAGCAGCAUGUCCACGUCCUCGUCUUCAGCCGGGUCCAGCUCCGAGGGACGCCUGGUUCUGGACGUGGACGCUGCUGUGCAGAAGUUGUACCGCCUGCAGCAGGCGCUGGACCUCUCUGUCGGGGCGCUGCAUUCAAUGACAGCUUCCCCUCACUGGAGGACAUUCCCGUUCAUGGAGCGCCAGGCCAACGACGUCCGUGCGGUGCUGGAUCGGGUCCGGGCCACCGUGGUGGACUUUACUACAUUCUGCAGAGGAGCCGCGGCCAACGCCACGUCUCUGUCGGACUCCAGCCUGCACAGUAAGCUCCGACGGCAGCUGGGACGCCUGGAGGACUCUCAGCAGAUCCUCCUGCAGACCUAUCACGCUCUGGAGAUUUCCAGCUGGGCUCAGAAGGCCCUGGCCUCAUCCCGACCGCACCACCACAAGAGCGACGACCUGGACCGCUUCGUCAUGGUGUCCAGGACAGUUCCAGACGAUGCCAAGCAGCUGACUUCCACCAUAUCUGGGAACGCUGAGCUGCUGUUCCGACGGACGCACGCGGACGGGUCGCUCUCUAGCGGAAGCACGCCUGAGGAGAACGACAACUACGGCGGCCGGACCAAGGCCUUCCCCGCCCCCCCGGGCCAGGACAAAGACAGCAUGAACAACAGUGAGAAGUGUGUGAAGAGCUGGAUGGAGGACUACGAUUACGUCCACCUGCAGGGGAAAGAAGACUUUGAGCGUCAGCAGAAGGAGCUGCUGGAGAAGGAAAACAUCAUCAAGCAGAACCCGGCUCAGCUGGGCCAGGAGCAGAUCAAUCAGUUCAAGAAGCUGGAGCAGGAAGUGAUCCAACCCGUGGAGAACGACAUCCCCCAGUGGAUCAGCGCGUCUCCGUCGGACCCGUCCUCCGUCCACGUCUUCUCUCGGGACCGCCAGCUGCUCGCCUUCUAUUCGGCCCAGUGCGAGCAGCACUUCGUCACCCUCCUCAGCGCCGUGGACGCCUUCUUCGGCUGCGUCAGCGCCGGCCAGCCGCCCCGCAUCUUCGUCGCCCACAGCAAGUUUGUCAUCCUCAGCGCCCACAAGCUGGUCUUCAUCGGGGACACGCUGUCCCGGCAGGCCGCCGCCCCCGAGCUGGCCAACAGGGUCAUGAACUCCAGCAACGUUCUGUGUGACCUGCUGAAGACGGUGGUCACCGCCACCAAAACGGCCGCUCUGCACUACCCCAACACGGCCGCCAUCCAGGAGAUGGUGGACCGGGUCACGGACCUGUCGCACCACGCGCGGCAGUUCAAGGAGCAGCUGCUGCAGAUGGCCUCGUCGUGAUGUUCCUCCUGGCUGCGUGUGUAAAUAUCAGCUGUUUCCUGUAGAUAGUUUUGUAUUAUGGUCUGUAGGUGCAGUCGUGGUGUCUCCGUAGAACUUUGUGGACUUUUCAGAACAUUCCUGUUGUGUCUGAAGCACCUUAUGAGCUGUAGAUGUUGUUGUUUGUGGAGCUCGUCUCAGAGUAAACAACUAAUCUGAACACGGGUCAGACUCGUCUUACUGACACAAGUUUUCAAACUACCAACCUUUCCUGAAAAGCAACCGGAGCCCGUUUGGCCCGGCUCUGUUCAGAACCCCUCGGCCGUUUAGAUUUUCCUUCCAUAAACAAGAUUUUUGAACACCAGUUUCUGUCUGGGCCUGACUGGGUCGAUCAGAACCGAGCCUUUAGAACCUGCAGCAGGUUUUCAGGAACCAUCAGACUCUGUGGUUUUGUCUGAACGGGGGUUGAGUAAGUGAAGUGGACCGGUACCAAGGGCUCAGCAGACAGGUAGUAGCUCAGAACCAGAACCCAAGGUUCUGCCGAGUCAUUUCCUCCUCUCGCCACAGACUGGUUCUGGAAUUACAGCUCAGUUCCUCCAGAAGCUGCAGAUGGAAACGCAGCGGUCCGGAUGUGAGGGACGCGUGGCUUCGCCGGUACCACAACAGCCGGGCCUCGGCCCGCUUUGAGGUGGCUUCCAUCCGGGCCUGCACGUGUGUCCAAGGCGAGACGGAUGAAAGCAGGAGACUCUGAAGUUUCAUCCAAACGCAUCGACAACGAUUCGCUAUAUAAAAAUAUUUCACUGGUCUCCUCCCGGUCCUGGUACCGGCAGGUUCUGGUACCAGCACAUAAAACACUUCAUUUAUUUUUCUAAAGGUUUCAGCACCAUAAUUCCUGAAGUGUUCAUUUUACAGAGCAGCUAAAACAUAAAGAGUGAUAAACAAACCAAAUGUAAAAACUAAAAGAUCCGCAGAGUUUGAAUCUAGACUUUAAAAUCUGCAGGUAGAGAAAAGUUGAGUCCAAUAAAGACCAAAAAAACACGAAGGACGUGUUUGGAUGAACAAAGGUAAGCAUUAUACUACCUAAAUAUUACCUUAGUAGUAUUACUUUUACAUUACUGUUGUUAAACAUAUCAGAACUGGUAUUUCCCCAAAGGAACUAGAAAACUGCAAACAGGAAGUGUUUUCUCUGCGGCUGUGAAAGGCAUUAGUCAAAAGCUGAACAGAAACAUUAAUAAAUGAAUUUUUCCAUUUUUACAUUAAAAUAAACUUUUAUAUUGAUGAAAGGUUUUAGCUUACCCUACAAACAAAGCCUGUCUUGUUUUCAUCUCUGACCUUUGACCUGAAGUCAGGCCGUUUUCUGUCAGUGCGUUGCUGCCCCCUGCUGGUGGCUCUGGGAAAGACAAGAUUACAGAUUUAAAUCCACCAAACAUUCAGUAAAAACGGCCCAGACAAAAGUAUUUCCCUAAGUGAAAAGAUUCAUAAAGAUUAAUUAAACACCCUAAUAUAUAAUAAAAUAUAUUUUCAAAUGAGAUAAAGCAGGUUCCUCUGGGUCUCAGGAUGCAUUUUAUUCACAUUUAUUUUUGUUGUUGGGCAAAUUUUUAUUUAUUUUGAUGUACAAAUAUAAAUGGUAAUGAAAAACGCAUGCAGACAGUUUAACUUUUUUUUACUUUUAUGUCUUAAAUAAUACAUUUCUUAAAAUAGUUUUAUAGGAAUAAUAAAUACAUUUAAAUAUACUUUUAAAUAUAUGUGAAUUAGAAAUGAUCCAAAGUGACCAGCAGAUGUUUUUUUCCACAUUUAUCUUUUUUUUUUACUUUAAAGCACAAAAUCAAAAUUCUUAUUUUAUUUUCAAGGCCUGCUGCUUUGUUUAGUGUGUGUGUGUGUGUGUGUGUGUGUGUGUGUGUGUACUUCAAAACUCUUAGAAGAAUUUAGGUUAAGUUCACACAAAUUGAAGCUUUUCAACACUAUUUAUUAGAAAUUUUUUUAAAACCCUCUGCUGGUCUCACUUUUGGCCAUUUCUUUACGCCUAUAUAGAAUGUUAGCGUGAUCUCGAAGGUGUGGCGUGAGAGCCUGUGAAGAGGGUAAAGUGCAAUUGUAAGUCGCUUUGGACAAAAGUGUCUGCUAAAUACAUAAACAUAAACAUAAAGUGCGUGUUUCUCACGCUCAUUGCGUGAGAAUUGGCAGCCCUGAGUCCAUCUGAGGAAAAUUCUAGCUCCGCACCUGGCAGUUUGAGCGCGAAAAUUCACCGUUUUCGCUAGACAACUAGCUUUAGCCGUAGCACAAUGGAUUCUUACAAACAUCUAACAACAACUCUGUUGCUUUACCUGUGACAGGUGAACGUAGACGGUCUCUUUCGGACCGUACCGCCACGUUCAGCUCCAAGCAACUCAUUAAAAAAGGACCGUCUUCAUUGUGUAGUUCUAAGCAGCUAAACUGUAACCGAUGCUACUCUGACGCUAAAUCCAACAUGGCGGCGACGCUCGUGCGUUGACUGGUGUUUAGGUUAAAACUGUUUCCCACUCUGCUUCAAACUGUUCCAUAUUUUAGCACGGAUGGAUACAAAUCUCGGUUUUUGAACUUGUGUCAUGUGUUUGAGCUUAUUUCUGAGGAAACUGGGUUUAAUGCCUUAGCCUUUACCACUCACAGACUUCUGUGUGUUUUGCUAAUUAGGUAUUUAUAUCCACUUUCAGAAUUAAUUUACAUUUAACCUGCUGACGUCAACAAGCAGUAGCCUAUAUAUUUUUAAAAAGUUUAAAUAUUUCUGUCUUUUCUGCAGCUGUUUGUGGAGUAUUUUGGUGAUCGAUGAAUAUUUUUGCAGAUUUUUUUUAUUUUUAAGUUUAAUUUUUAAUCUCCGUUAACGUGAAUCAUCUGUUAAAUAUUUGUCAAACUCAGAUGUGAACUGGUUCUUGCGACUAUAGUUUUAUUUAUUUUUUAUCUACACAAACUCUUUUGACCAAAGAAAGACUCCAGGGAACUUUUGUUCACUCAUGUUUUUAUUCAACACAAUGAUCCAGAUGACGAGACGACCAUGGGGGUUUUACUGGUUUUACUGUGAAUGGUUUUACAUAAACCGGUUCAGGGUUGGGUCAGGGAUAGACAGAUGAAGAUGGAUCAGUCCAGAUCAACACCAGCGUCUACAUGCCGUCUCUGAUCAUGGAGACAUACGGCUCAAACCAGUUCCUCAUCUCUUCCAUUUUCUUUCCCAGAGUGGAGCCAAGGUCCCCGGUCUUGCUCUCCAGGCGCCCCUUGAUGUCCUCGGCGGCCGUCUGAAUCUUGGUCUUCAUGUCCUCUACGUGGGACUGGAGCAGGUCAUUCAGGGUAGAGAUCUUGGCCUGGGCGUUGUCCCGGACCUGAGAGAAGUACGGGUCCAGCUGAGUCCUCAUGUCCUCCACGUUGUCUGAAGCUCUGGUCUGAAGCUCUGUGAUGUAAUCAGUAAUGUGUCUGAAGGACGAAGCAAGUUGGAACAUUUUAAUUACUGAUAUUUUAUGUAGUGAAGAAUCCGUUAUAAAAACAAUGACUUUCAGGACACGAUGAGAACUGAAACUGAUUGGAUGGCUUCCCUUUAGAGCGUCAGCUCACCUCUGGAUCUCCUGGGUGUCCUUAUGCAGCCGUUUCUUCAGCUUACGGGUGUAGGCGGAGACCCGGACCUUGACGUCUUCAGCAUUCUGCUCCAUCAUGCUCUGCAGCUCAAGGACGUAUUUGUCCAUCUGCUCGCGGGCCUCGCUUACGUGAGUGUUUAGCUUGUCUCCCAGCAGCUGCAGGUCUUUCCUGACUCGCUCGGUGGCCUCCUGGGUGUACGGGGUCAGCUUGGUCUCCAGGUGGUCCUUGUACAACGCCAGCUCCGACAGGCUGUCCUGGACCAGGGUGCUGAAAGACAGGAACCUUUAGUGGCUGGUUCUCUGAUGAAACCAGGACCAGAACAUUUCUAAUCAGCUGGGAAACCAACAAACAAGAGACAGGUCAAAGUUCAACGGUUCUGAUCCCAGGUAAACAGGCCGGAGGCCUCUGGGGUCAAGUUUGAGCCUGGAGAUUAAGAUCGGCUCAGAGACGAGGCGUUUACACGUCGACAUGUUCAAGGAAAGGUUAAAGGUCACAGCAGAGUGAAAUUAAACGAUCCAGAUAGCUAAUGGGGUGCACCAAAUAAACAAUUUAUUACAAAAGUUCAAAAAGUAAAAAUGUUUUUGUCCUUUGAUGUAGAGAAAAAUAAUCUGAUAAUCCCGUCGGUUCUACCUUUUGUUCACUAGUCUUAGUUUUCCUAAACAUGCUCAUGUCUCUUGUUCCUUGUUGGUUUAGUUAACAGAACAAGGUUUUGACUGUCUCACAGACUAAAUCUGAGAUUAUUCCCACUCAGAUUAUAUUAUCCUGUGAACUCACUCAAGCUCUCGGCUGAUCUGGGAGCUGCGGAUGUCCUUCACCACCUCGUCGGCCUUUGAGUUCAGAUCAGUGAUGUAAUCCUGGAACUUCUCCAUGGUGACCUCCCAGGUGGUCUGCCAGUCGUCCUGAAGAACGCUCCGGCCAUGGCAGCCUG